AUGGCUUGGUUAGCUAGAUCCAUCGCGAACUCACUCAAGCUCGACGAAGACGAUGACGAAAAGCCACUUCCUAGCGAAGACUCCAUCCCGAAUCAAUCAGUUUCGGAUUCACAGUCUCCUCGAGGAGUUAAGGAAGACAUCUCCGAACUCACAAAAACCUUGAGAAGCCAAUUCUGGGGCGUAGCUUCGUUCCUAUCUCAACCACCUCAGGAGAGUAAUCAUCAUCAUCAGAGUCAAGAUCAAGGUGAGGAAGUUGAAGACGAGGAUCUGAUCGCUGGGAUUAGGAACGAUUUCGCGGAGAUUGGAGGGAGAUUCAGGACGGGAAUCUCGAAGCUCUCCGAGAAUUUACCUGUCUCUGAUUUCACGAAAAUCGCUUCGAAUUUCUUGCAGUUAGGUUCGGAAGAAGUGGAUCCGAAGGAUUACGGAGUCACCGAGGAGUUAGUUACGUUCGUUAGAGAUCUAACGAUGCGUCCCGAGACUUGGUUGGAUCUUCCUUUACCUGAUGAUGAUGAUGAUGAUGGUACCUUUGAUGAGUUUGAAAUGAGUGAUGAGCAACAUGAGCAUGCUUUGGCUAUGGAGAGGCUUGUACCUAGCCUUGCUUCUUUGAGGAUUGAGAUUUGUCCUGAGUAUAUGACUGAGAAUUGCUUUUGGUUGAUUUACUUUGUGCUUUUGCAUCCUAAACUUAGUCAAAACCAUGCCUUGCUUCUCUCUACUCCUCAGGUACUUGAAGCAAGAGCAAUGUUAUCUCAUGAGUUAGGGGAAAUAAACAGAAGUUAUGUAGAAGGAGAGAGUUCUGAAGCUAAUGCUGUAGUGGUUGAACCUCUUGCUGUGUCAUUAGUUGCUGAAACCGUGAAUCAAGAGGAGUAUGAGACAGACAAGCACUUGAUUGAGAGCAAUGAGAUACAAGUCGUUGACAAAGCUGUCAUUGAAGAAAGAAACUCAUCAACUGAUUCUUCUUCUUCAUCUAGAUUUAUCAACGUGCGAGCUGAGGAUGUAGAAGAAGAAGAAGAAGACGCAGAUGAUUGGUUGAACGAUGAAGAGACUUCAGAACCUAGUAGCGCCGUUGAAAGAGGAGGAGCAAGUACUAAACAUCCACUUGGUGAAGAUGAAGAAGAUGUGUCAUUCAGUGAUCUAGAAGAAGAUGACGAGGAAGGAGACGUACCAGUGAGUUCCAAGAAGUCUACAAACUCUAGUUCACCAGACUGGGUACAGAUUUAA